AUGCCGCCAGAUCGCCCUAUAUCAGCGAAACAGACUUCCAAACGAAUUCAAAGUACUGAUAGGCCAUUCGUAUUUCCAAACAAUUGCCACUUGCUCAUCACAACCCGCAAUUGCAUCUACGCACGGGACGCAGCUGGCACAAAUACCGUAUUCAGGAGCAGCAAGCACGGUAUUGUCGCCGCAAGGGAGGCACAAGAUGAGUCUGGCAUCCUGGCCGUGGCCGACAAACAUGUUGUCGUCCUGCACGACACCAAACGAGGCUCGGAGAAAAGCUGGGGCCUCGAUGCGAGCGAGGACGAAGUGCGACAUCUGGAGUACUCCCACUCGGCCAGCUCGCUGUAUCUGUGUACCAGCUUGACAUCCGACAUUCAGCGCUACUCGAUCAAGCAAUCCCGCCUACUCAGUCCCACAAGAACACAUGCCUCGCCUCCCGUCGCUUUGGCUAUAUCUCCAACGGAACGACUGAUGGUAUCUGCAUCCGACGGUCCGCCAGUUGUCUACCUCAGGGACCUGCUUCAGAACGGCCCGCCUAUCCUCAUUGAGCCCCGAGUGUCCAAAGCAGCCGUGUCAGUCGCUGCAUUCCACCCCGAAAAACCAAACAUCUUCCUACUGGCUUUUCGGGAUGGCUCGAUCGCCGAGUACGAUGCUUCGAGGGUAUUGCGCUCCGCCACCGGAUGUCUGUCCGAUCAGGAAAACGUCAACAAAGGGGAACUAUCCCAUCUUACCGCUUUGCACCGUGCAGCCUCGGCAGACAAGAAGGGAGCCAUCACUGGCGCGGCGUUCCUGCCAGGCUUCACCACACGAGCUGUCACGGCUGGCAGAGAUGGAAAGUGCCGCAUCAUAGACUUUGCCGAUGGUGGUGUGGUAUUGCGGACUUGGCAUGUAAGAGCACCCGUCACCUCAAUAUCCGUCCUCUUCCCAGCUCCACCAGAGCCGAGCCGGGAUCGCGGUGUUGGGCGGCCGAAACCACAUAUGCCACGUCCGAGCGUCGGCACUGAUAGCUUGCUAGCUAUCGGCCGGGAGGAUGGCGAACUGUACAUUUACGACUCACUUGGCUUACUCUUGGAUCAAUAUAAACUAACGGAGCUGGGAGUAAAGAUCAUCAGCGUGGAGUGGGUGAAAGGCCCAUCACCGAAACCAGUCUCGUCCAUCGACGCCGGCGAAGUCGUGCAGGCGGUUCCUUGUGAUCAACCAGCAGACUCUCAAUUACAAAAGGCGUCCAUCAUGCUUGAAAAAGCCGAAAGCUCUCGCAACGGAGCACCGGUCGAGUAUCUGGGGCCACCACCUUCGCUCCGCAAGCCUGCGACCGCAUCUCCCCAUCGAAAAGCGUCCGGGUCCUCCAGGAAGUUUACUAUACAUCCUGAUGAGGUUGAAGAUGAUACGGUCCGUCACACUCCACUGCCUAAAAUCACAGGACCGGUGUUGGUACAGAAAGGCGACUACCUCGACUUAUUUUCGCCAGUGAAGCCUCCCGAGCCCAAGGCCGCUUCGGAGCAGCGGCUUUCAAGUCCACCAAGGUCGCGCCCGAGCAUCACAAGCCAAACCUUUGUGAAAAGUCCGGAAGCGGUGACUGCAGCUGUGGACGAUACUCUCGUUCGGCGAAGAAACUUGGAGCUCUUUCCGUCAACGGAUUCCGGGCCUGCGCCGAACAAAUCGCCAGUGGAGGGAAGCACCGCCGCGAAACGGUCCAGCUUCAACAACUCGCCGUUUGCUGAACCAAAUAGACGGCUUACUUUCAAAGCUCAGUCUAUUCGGCAACGUCGAAGAAGCAGUGGUCUUAGAAAACCCACUCUGGAUCCUCCGAAUGGCAAUGCAAAGCUACUAGCAGAUCUGCGGAAAAUGAGCACGAGUCAGAAGACUGGACAGCCUGGUGGUGUACUGUCAUCCAUGUCUAUCGCCAAUGCGAGCUCAGAUGCCAAAGCCUCUACUCGGCCGUCGGGCAAAAAGGAGAACAAGUCUCGCUUCUUGCAUCGAUCUACGGACCAUAUUGAGAUAGAGGCGGAUUCCGAGACGGCCCGCAAGGCGUACGACGAGGUCCGCAAGAAACAACACUGGCCAGAAGAUUCAACUCAAGCAUCAUCCUUGGACAACGAUAUCUGGUUUACCUCCGAUUCAGGUGAAGAUGAGCAUCAGACCGCAAGACGCAAGCGGGCUACCGCUCAGCGCCCUCCAGCGAGACAGACUUCACGAUCCAGGGUCACUUCCAAAGGAACGCUCAGCACCCUCGGCGUUCCGCAUGCGGAGCACUCUCAGGCAUACAGAAUGGACGGCUCGACCGAAGAGGAAAUGUUCACGGCGGCAGAAGCGCCCAUCACGUCCAGCGGCGCAUUUUCCCCUUCUUCUCAACACGUGCGGGAGUUGUUUCCCCGCUCGUCUUCGUUGUCGCCGCGGAAACAUCACCGAUCGAAGAAGUACGGCCUGUCGCAGCAAAAUCCAAAGACCACAAGCCAGCCUCUGUCCGAAAUCGCGCCGAACCAAAUCGCCGGGCGUCAAGUCAAAAGCCCAUGGGCGAGAGCCAAAGCAAACCAGGCGGUACAUGGCUCCAGAAUCGACUCUACUGCGAGAAGAGCUGUUCCAUCGUCGAACGCAUGCAAAGCCGCCAUCCCGCCGAUUGACGGGCAAAAGGAGAACGCAAACGAGUCGCACUGCAACAUUUGCAGCCCCACGAAAGCAAAGCUUCUCGAGGUGGAGGCGGAAGUCGCAAGGCUGAGAGCUGAAGUGUUGAUGUUGAAGACAGUGCUGAGGCGUCAAGGCCUUCCUGUGCCUCAGACAGUGCGACGAGGAGAGAAGAGAGCUGCGCGCGGAUUGUAG